AUGGAUACUGCAAAAGAGAUUACAACACUAAUCAAGUAUUCCCCAAAGCGUGAAUGCAGUCUCGGACAAAUCAAGGAAAAUUUGGAGCAAGAAGAUGAAAGCGACUCUGCUGCUUUUGGUGGUAUUGUAUCUCUCUGUCCAACAAGGUGGACUGUAAGAGCAGCCUGCUUUAGGCGCAUCCUCGGCAACUAUUCUGCUCUAAUGGAAGAAUGGAGGGUGUCCCUAGAAGAUAAGCUGCAACCAGAUGUUAGAGGAAGAAUAGUUGGUUGUCAAGCACAAAUGCAAACCUUCGACUUUUUCUUUGGGCUAAGUCUUGGAGAGAGGUUAUUUUCUCACUCUGAUAACCUAUCUAAAACCUUGCAGUCGACGAGGAUGUCUGCAGUCAGUGGACAACGUUUAGCGCAACUCACUAAGUCAGUACUAGAGAGCAUCCGAAAUGAUGAUAGCUUUUCAGCAUUCUACUCAAUAGUCCUUCGCAAAAGCAAAGAUCACGCCAUUUCUGAUCCGCUUCUUCCACGAAAGCGUCGAGCACCUGCAAGGAUCGAGGUCGGAAGUGGACAGCCAACCUUUCCCGAAACACCGAAGGACCACUAUCGGCGCAUCUACUUUGAGGCUAUUGAUCUGAUAGUUAAUGCCAUAGAACAGCGUUUCAGUCAACCAAGCUUUACAGCCUAUGAAAAGAUGGAGUCCCUCUUACUAAAAGGUAUCAAUGGGGAAUCCUACACAGCAGAGCUCGACUACAUGAAAGUGUCAUACAAGGACGACAUCAAUUUUGACUCGCUGAAGGCCCAACUUCAUGUCCUGCGUCAGAUUCUGAAGGAUAAAGGUGCGAUGGAAUGCUUUGAUGAUGUUCUCUGCGAAGUUAAGAAGCUACCUAAAGAAGAACGAAGCCUAAUUGGUGAAGCAGUAAUACUAUGUAAGAUUUUGGCGGUCAACCCAGCAACCAGUGCUUGCUGUGAAAGAUCUUUUUCAGCGGCACGUCGCCUGAAGACGUGGCUGAGAUCGAACAUGAAACAGCAGCGAUUCAGCAACUUGACAGUACUUAAUUGUCAUAAGAAAUUAACGGAAAGCUUGGACGUGAUUCAGAUCGCAAACACAUUUGCUGGACGGAAUGAAAAUCGUAUGAAGAAUUUCGGUAUCUUCACUAAUGCCGACCUAUAA